GUAAUUAAUAAGAUUGAUGCAGACGCAGCACGCUUAUCCAUAUAUAUACACACAUAAGCUCUGAUCUUUUCUGUUCCAAUUCGUUCAGAAAGAAUCUUCGCAAUUCGUAAAGGUUUAUUAUUUGCUGGAAACUGAGUGACAAAUAAAAGAAGCAAUGGGAGGUGGUAAAGACAAGCAUCAUGAUGAGCAAGAGAAAGGCUUUCAUGGGUUUCCAGGAGGAGGACAUCAUUACCCACCCGCUCAAGGCGGAUACCCGCCACAAGGUUACCCACCCGCUGGUUACCCGCCGCAACAGGGUUACCCGCCACAACAAGGCUACCCGCCACAAGGCUAUCCUCCUGCUCCGGGCCAUGCCGGUUAUCCCCCUGCAGGCUAUCCUGCGCCUCACCAUUCAGGACAUUCUGGUGGUGGAAUCGGAGGUAUGAUCGCAGGUGCAGCUGGUGCAGCGGCAGCAGCCUAUGGAGCUCACCACGUUGGUCAUGGAUCACACAGCCCCUUUGGGCAUGCAGGACCCGCAGGGUAUGGCCACGUUGGUCAUGCCGCUCAUGGAUAUGGUCACGGUGGUCAUGGCAAGUUCAAGCAUGGAAAGCAUGGAGGAAAAUUCAAGCACGGAGGCAAGUUCAAGCAUGGAAAGCACGGGAAGCAUGGUAUGUUUGGAGGAGGAGGCAAAUUCAAGAAGUGGAAGUAAUCUCAAAAACCGGUUCUCUCGUCCCGCAGUCUCAUUACCUGACCGAUGUUUCUAAUAAUCCCCUCCUAAAACAUUACAUUUUUUUUAACUAAAUCGGUUUAGAGAGAUCGCUGGUUCGAGAAAAAUAAUUGGAGAGUGCUAGUAUAAACCUUGUGGUAUCUGAAGAAGAGGUUUCUUCUCUCUCUAGAAAGCAGAUGCCUUAAAACUUAUCUAUGAUUUGGUUUUUGUAAUGACAAUUUGUGUUUGUUAUCCCUUCUUUUUAUAAAAAAAAAAUAUAUAAAAAAAAAUCUCUUUAUGUUUAAUGAUUUGAUGUUGGUGAAGUUCUCCAUAUAUAUAUAUAUAUAUAUGCGAUUGUAGAUAGUACCGACAUUGUAUCUUGUUCGUGUUUUUAUUCUAGCCUUUGCUUCGGUCCUAUGA